CAGAUGGGAGGAGAGGAGAGGAGAGAGAAGAGAGGAGGAGAGAGGGGAGGAGAGGAGAGGAGAGGAGAGGAGAGUACCGGAGAGCUCCGCCUCCUCGCGCUCAGUCUCUCCAUUACACACACCGAGAGUUACCGGAAAUUUCUGCUCAGGGUGAAAAGUGAAAGGAAUGGGAGCGAAGCAAAGUCGGAGGAAGAGUGAUGGAGCUGGGGCUCCUUCUGAGCAGAAACGUGAUGAUCCUGAGGCUGAGGUUGAAACCACACCUGCAGAAGAGGCUCCUCAAGUGGAUAUCACAUCCAGAGAUAUUACUGCACAAGCUGCUGUUAGUGAAGAACCUGAAGAUGUUCUAAACAAAAGCAUGGAGACCGUGGAAGCCAAGAUGGCGUCUGUCAAUGUGGAGGAUUCGACAGAGAUGGUGGCUGCGGUUCCAGACCCUCAAGCCAAGCAUGACUCACUGACGGGUUUGUCCCAAGAGGCUUCAACCAAAAUUGAGCUUUCCAUACCCGAAUCUCCAGCAGACCCCGCCCCCGUCCCAUGUGAGCCUUUAAUCACAGAGGACCUGAGUAUCCCAGAAGCUCCGGAGCACGGUGCAGAAGCCACAGUUGGAGAUGUCGAAGCUUUAGCAAUGGAGAAUAAAGAGAAUUCUGGUCAGGAGGCAUCUGAGACUGAGGAGCUGUUCGUGUGUGUGAAUCAGGAUGAUGCAUAGUCACCAGAUGAACCUCUGAACUGAGAAAGUCUUGAACCCACAACCUUGUACUUUGACCCAUUGGUUGCCCUGGGAGAUGUGGAGCAGGGGGCGAAUGUGACUGUCAGCACGGUCAAUGAACUUUAUAAACCAUGUCAUUGUGUACUGAUGGAAAACAACUGGUACAAGGACAAUGAGUACAAACAGUGAAGAGAGAGUAAUUAAUAAAUCAUGAGGUUAUUGAUUUAAGUGUUGAUAAUACAAAUAUAUUCUGUGCAAAGCAGUUAUAGUGUUACAGGCCUGAAUGAGCACUGGAUGUAAAACACAAACUCAAGAGAAAACAAACCGCAAUCCUCAAACGUGUAAUCCGCUUUAUAUAUUAUUUCGACCAGCAACUACUGUUUCAGGAAAAGUUGCUAAAUUGAAUUAAACCCAGUGGAGUAAA